AUGCACCUAUCCCUGACCGUUCAUAAAUUUUCCAGCACACCCCCUCUCUCCCUGCUCCCCAUUCUGCUAUGCCAGCCUCCCUACCUCUCUCUCACCAUCGUGUUUUUUUUCCAGCACACUACCUCUCUCCCUGCUAUCCAUUCUGCGAUUCCUGGCUCUCCCUACCUCUCCCUCACCAUCCUGAUGCAUUUCCAGCACAUCCUCUCUCUCCCGGCUAUGCCCGCCUCUCCCAACCUCUCUCUCACCGUCCUCAUUCACUCUUUCUCUCUCCCUGCUAGUCAUUCUGCCAAGCCCGCCUCUCCCAACCUCUCCCUGCUCCCCAUUCUGCUAUACCACAACCUCCCUGCCAUCCCUUCUCUCUCCUGCGCUUCCCUCUCGCGCCUUGCCCCACAUUCUGGUUUUCCAGUCCCUCUCUACCUCUCCCUGCCAUUCCUUCUCUCUCCUGCGCUUCCCUCUCGCGCCUUGCCCCGCAUUCUGGUUUUCCAGUCCCUCUCUACCUCUCCCUGCCAUUCCUUCUCUCCCCUGCGCUUCCCUCUCGCGCCUUGCCCAGCAUUCUGUUUUUCCAGUCCCUCACUACCUCUCCCUGCCAUUCCUUCUCUCUCCUGCGAUUCCUUUUCGCGCCUUGCCCCCCAUUCUGGUUUUCCAGUCCCUCUCUACCUCUCCCUGCCAUUCCUUCUCUCUCCUGCGCUUCCCUCUCGCGCCUUGCCCCGCAUUCUGGUUUUCCAGUCCCUCCCUUCCUCUCCCUGCCACACUCUCUGA